AUGACCACGACUACAGAAGUAAAACAAAAAGUUUCUUCUAAUGAUAUUGUUCUAAAAGAAAUUAGGACGGCUUUGUUGCCAAAACAACAAUUCAAAUUCAUAUCUCAGGAUUUUAGAAAGGAGUUAUUACAGAUGUUGAAUAAGUCUUCAGAUUCGAUGUUACCUUCUAGUUUAAAUAUUUUAAGAUUAUACAAGGAUAACAACGACUUAUUACACCCCUACAAUCAUAAUAAAAUUCUAGCCAUUGAUUUUGGUGGCACUACAUUAAAAAUUGCUGUGAUUAAGACGUAUCCAACAUUAUGUAUAGAUUAUUUGCAUACUUUGGAUAUCGUAGAAAGGGACGUCAAUUCUUCUUUCUUUGAAAAUAUUAUUCAAAUUAUGAUCGAUGAAAUGAAAGAUAAAUUUUUUGAUUUUUUUUAUGAUAACGAUCUUAUCGAUAAUAAGAUACUGAACAUCCCUGUUUCGAUUACUUUCAGUUUUCCAUUGAACUCAAAAUUUGAAAUUACUUCAAUGGGUAAAGGUUAUAUCUUAAGUGAUGAAAUUAAAAAUAUUAAUUUUUUAACAUUCCUUCAAACGACCUUCAAUAAAGUUUGCUCUCAAAAUAGUAUUAAAGACACAUUUGCCUUUACCAUUAAGGAUAAUUUGAUUAUAAAUGACUCUAUUGCAGUACAUUUAACUAACACUUAUAUAAAACAAUUUCCGACUGUCACGUUUUUUACAGAUUCAUACCCUUCCAUCCCUGCAUCUUCAUCUAGUACACUUGCUAACUCACAUGGUAACUCUAUAUCUUUUAUUUUAGGUACUGGUACAAAUGCUAGUUUUGAACUUCCAUUCAAAAGAUUACCGGAAUUUAAACGUGUUGAGUUAAUGAAGGCCAAAAAUAAUGCACCAUUUGAAGAUGACACCACAGUGGUUAUAAACACCGAGAUGGGGUUUUUAGGAGAAAGUUGCAUUACAUUGACGGAAUUUGAUUAUCAUCCACCUGAGUAUUCUAAACCAAUGCCCUUGGAAUAUAUCUCUUCUGGUAGAUAUAUUCCUUCAAUUCUAAUAAAUAUUCUUAAGAAAUACCCUACUUUGGAACCUACGUUGGCUGGAAUGGUAAACUUAGAUAAAGUAAUAGAUGGUGCAAUUUUUGGGAAACUAGCAAACAUUCAGGAUAAUUUUGAUUUGAAGGAGUUAACUUCUCAAUUGCAAAAUAAAUAUGGAACCAUCACACCUCUACAUUUGUUGCCUUUAUCAAGAGUGGCCAAAAUAAUAGUUCAGAGAGCAUCCAUUUAUUUAGUAGCGGCACUUCUUGAGAUAGACUCGUUAGUUAGUGAACAUGAGGUGAGCCAAUAUCAUAAGAUUAGUAUCGGUUAUGUUGGUUCGACAUUGGCUUAUUCAAAAUAUUAUCAGGACCAAAUAGAAAAGGUAUCGAAUGGAAGAAUCAAUCUAAUUCUACUACAGGAUAGUAGUUUAUUCGGUGCUGCAAUUUCUACACUACUAUAG